CCACAACAAAUACACAUAUAUUUAUUUCUAAAGUUAACUUUUUCAGUUGAAGACGUUAAAUGACGUUCAUCGAAGAAACACACGUUGCAAAACCGAACAGUUAUACAGCGGGAUACUUUUAUGUGUAUAUGUAUUAAUGGAACGAGGCCACGGCGAUAAUGUCACACACACUAUAAAAUUCUUUAAAACAAGUAUGGCGACAUACUGCUGCUACCGGUCUUGUCCGACAUGUGAGGCAUAAUUUGCCAUUGAAGGUUUCGUGCUCCUCUUAGAAAUGGCAACAGACGACGACGUUAAGCUAAGCUAGUCAGAGCUAAAGAGGAGCCCGGGGACGUAUUUAGCGGUGACUCCGGAAGUGCACGCUACGCGGAAGUGGACGUCUGUUGUCACAGUGGGCAGAGACCGCACAGGUGAAAGAGUUGCUGCCUGUGAGAUAAACAACAGGACAAUGGGAUGUCACGACUAAGACGGCGAGUAAACAGCAGGAGGCUUUCGUAAGACCCGCCGCGCCCGCAGGUUUGUUUGUUUGUCGUCUUGUAACGAGAGCGGCGUGUCGGCUCGCAAUUGGUGGCCAUUGAGCGCGAGCAUCGUUUCCUUCAUCACCGCCGGCCGGUCUGUUCACAUCGUCACGACUGCAGCCGCUGUCUGUCCGCUGUCCUCCUCAGGCCCGUUGUCCGUUAUGUGUCAUCUACAGCUGAGGACCCUGGUCUUCGUCGCCUGGCUGCUGGCUUACGUCGCCUUCCUGCUCUCCGUCAGGAAGAUGUGGACGGGGAAGUACGUCCGCAGCCCGCUCGCGCGCUCGCUCUUCAUGAACAUGGCGGGCGCGCGCGACGCCGCCGCCAUCGAGACGCAGGAGUGGUACCAGUGCGGACCGGACCUGCUCGGAGAAUCGGUGCGACCCCUCUUUGUCCAGAGCCACCUGGACGAGGACACCAAGGCUUUCCUCAAGGGCAGCGUGGAGAAGUCUGGCUGGCUGUUCACGCAGCUGUAUCACUCGUUCAUAUCCACGGUCCUCGGCCCACUGGUGUCACGCACCUCUAUUAACGGGUUUCUGGGUCGCGGCUCCAUGUUUGUGUUUUCGGCAGAGCAGUUCCGGCGGCUGCUCCGGAUUGACGCCGAGUGGAGGGCCGACAGGCUGCUGGACCUCGGGGCCGGAGACGGGGGGGUCACCGAGGUGAUGGGGGUCCAUUUCAGGGAGGUCUACGCAACCGAGGUCUCGCCACCCAUGAAAUGGCUUCUCCAGAGGAAGAACUACAAACUGCUGGGCAUCAACGAGUGGCACCAGACCGGUUUCCAGUAUGACGUCAUCAGCUGUCUGAACCUGCUGGACCGCUGCGACGACCCUCUGCGCCUCCUGCGGGACAUCCGCCUGUCGCUGGUCCCCGACACGGGGAGGCUGGUCCUGGCCGCGGUGCUUCCCUUCCAGCCCUACGUGGAAGUCGGAGGGAAAUGGCAGCGUCCCAAAGAGCACGUCAGAGUGAAAGGGAAGACGUGGGAGGAGCAGGUAACCAACCUGUCCAAUGAGGUGUUCCGGAGGGCGGGCUUCGAGGUGGAGGCCGUGACGCGGCUGCCGUACCUCUGCGAGGGGGACAUGUACAACGACUACUACGUCCUCGACGAUGCGGUUUUUGUUCUCAAGUCCUCGGGGGAGAGCUCGGGUCUGCCCGAAUACUAAAUGCAACGUGGAGCCGCAGGAGGCUGCGCGGCCGCACACGGGCACCAGCGGGUUGCUGCUCCAGGGUUUCUACUGAAAUGUUUCUACGCUUCCUUCAUCAAUCCCCAGUAUUACUGAUGGUAUUUCUUUAUAAGCAGCAAGGCAGCUGUGAAGCUCAGGUACUGUAGUGCCGACAUUUACCAGCCUUCAACUCAACAAAGCAACAACAUUUGAGCUGAGGAGUCUCCAUCACUCUCAAAGGAAAAUAUUCAUGGACAAACGUUUCAAUUGGUGACAGAGGAUCAAUACACAUACUUGAUUUAACCAAUGUGAAUUGGACUUUUUGUGUUUUAAUGCAAUUUUUUUUUAUCUCGUUCUCUUUUUACUUUUACUGGUGUUUAGUAUUCAAAAAUAAUGAGGCCUUUUUGACGCAAGCCUGUGUAACAUAGGUUAUCGUUGUUUUAAGCUGCAUUUAUUGAUUGUCAUUUUGAGCACUAAAAAAAGUACAAUACUAUCAAGAAUGAAGGGUACUGGAACGUACACUUUACGUUGAGAAACAGUUUACGUGAAUUACAGUAGUGACACUGUAGAAAAAAGUAAAAUAACCACAGCGUCCGUUAGUUUACUGUGAGUAAACGGGGAAUUAGUUUUAUAGGGAUCUCUAGCUGCCGCUGGCACCACCGGAAACUCAUUAACGACACCGCUCGCCUGUUACAACAGAAAUGAGUCAUUAGUUACACUAAAUACCAAACAGCGUAAUGUUGGCUGCGCUGCUCGUCAGCUGACUGAGGAUUCUGUGACCAAUCAGCUGUGUUUUAACUUUACGUGUCCUCGAUUAAAGGGUCCAAUGGAAACAAACGGUUCCAAGCAAGUUGAGUCGAGCAGCACCACACGCUGCGAAUCAGGCAAUCGUUUGUCAGCUAGUUGCCAAAUCGACCAGUCUGCCUUUUUUCAAUGGUCAAAAAAGAUAAUAUCCUAUCUGGUGGAAACUGAGAAAUGGUGAUGGUGAAUACUUUAAGGCCUCGUAGAGCUCAGGGAGCACUACACGCGACCCCUGUCAUGAUUAGGGCGGCUUUAAUGCUAAAAUAGUGUUGCUGUGAAACACAAGUAGUCCAAAUAAAUAGCGGUCAAGCUAACGUGUCACAGCGAUAUGGGUUCUCCAACAUUAGCCACCGCAAGCUACAGGUUGCAGGGAAAGCGUUUUCUGUGGGUUUUUUGCUUUUUUAUUCAAUCGGUUCUGUCUGAUUUUGUAUGAUUUGUUACAUGGUUUUCUUUUAAUCAGUGCUUCACUAAUGUACUAUUAAAUGUCCCACAAUGAAUGCAACAUUUAUACCGAGUAUCGUAUGGAUUUGCAAAUAAAAAUUCAGCGUUAAUUUCA